AUGCCUUGGCUGUGGCGCUGGCCGGCGCUGCUGCUGCUGCUGGUGCAGCUGCAGCAAGCCUUCACUGCUGACACAGACUUCGACAGGAUCCAGGCGAUGAAGGCCGAGAACCCGAGGCUGCGCGUCAUCGUAGCGCUGGGAGGCACGUCAAUCAAGUCCACAUCGUUCGCGCAGGUCACGUCCACCAAGGCCGCCGUCGCGAAUUUCUCCGAACAGGUCGUGGACUUCCUGAGGACGAGGCGGAUGGACGGAGUGGAGGUGGACUGGCGGUGGCCUGGAGAGGACGGUGGAUCAAAAGAUAGAGACGACCUCACGCUGCUUAUCAAGACUCUGAGAGCGUCACUUGAUGAAUUGGAUGACGAACACAACAGAGUUAAACGGGAGGGGGAAACGGAUGCUGAAACUACGGCGACAACAGAGUUGACUAUCGCGGCUGAAACAGACACUGCUGAAACUGUAACCGAUGAAACUGUCACCGAUGAAACGGCUACUAAUGAAACGGACACCGAUGAAACGGUUUUUGAUGAAGCGGCAACAGAAAAAACGGUUACAGAUGAAACGGCCACCGGGGGGACGAGCGCUCCUGAAACAGGCUACGCCGCCGCCCCGGCUUCGCUUUCACCGGGUUUCGAUCUCACGAAAAUGAUUGGCAACUUUUUCAGCUACGCCAUGGGCACGUCUCACGGCCAGUCUGAUAAUAACCACAUCACUCCUGACCUAAGGAGAGAAGAUGAGGUAAGGUUACCCACAUCCACCACCAACAUCAGGUCUCUUCCAUCCCCACUUCCUCCUUCAUCCUCUGCCCCUCCAUCAUCAUCCAUGCAAGACAAUUUCGAAGGAGAUGCCGGCUUAGGUAGAAGCGGCAGGAGGGGCAGCGUACGUUUCACCGACUACUACGCAUCCUCCAGCGCAGUCGGCGUCCGCGCCACAUCCUCGGCAGAGCGACCCUCGUCUGUGCCCUCAGAGGGCUGGACGUGGCCCACUGAGGGAGCCGCCCCUCGCGAAGACGCCCCCAAGAGACCCUUGCUACUCCUGCACCUUCCUUCCCGCCCGGAGCUCCUGGCCAAAGGAUAUGACCUCAAGAAGCUUGCUAGUCUGGUGGACAUGUUCAGCCUCGGCACGGACAACCUGACCAGCCCUCGCCGCCCCCUCAACCAAACCUGCCACCACGCCCGCCUCAUGGGCGUCGCAUGGUCGUAA